AUGACAUCUCCGCAAGAAAUGAAUAUUAUUAUUCUUGAGGCUAAACUUUCCGCGUACUUUGAACGUAUUCAAAGUAUCUACGAUUUGUCAUGUAGGCUUAAUAGUGACGCAGAUAUCGAGACAUUGGUUACUCGUGCUGAGGGCUUAGAAUCGGUUCGUAAUAGCUUCGAAAAGGUCUUAUAUGAUUUAAAUCGUUUUAACAUGGAGAUAAAUCCUAAAUAUAAGCCAGAUUUCAAAAAACUCAACGCUUUCGAAGACUUGUAUUGUCAUAUUAAGCGACAAGUUUCACUUAAAUGUCUCACUAACACACCCGCUAGUCAAAGCUCAUAUUCGAAGCCUAGACUUCCACCAAUAGAACUGAAAGGGUUCGACGGUGACCCGCGCAACUGGCCGCUAUUUUAUUCUAGUUUUGUCGACACAAUACAUAACAACCCUACUUUGACGUCAUCUGAUAAGUUAUAUUAUUUAAUAGGCAAGCUGACUGGCAAGGCAUUGUCGGUGUAUGCAGACAUUACGCCGUCACCUGACAACUACGAAAUAAUAUUUAACGCCCUCGUCUCUAAAUACGAAGACAAGCGGCUUCUCGCGACCACAUAUUUAAAUACUAUAUUUGAAUAUAAACCACUUUCUUCCGCGUCACAAUUAGAACAUUUUAUAGAUAGAUUUUCAUCUUCUGUAUCCGCAUUAAAUAAUUUAAAAUUAGAUAAUCUAAGCGAUUUCAUUUUGUUAUAUAUAGCUCUCAAAAAGCUGGAUUGUGAGACCACCCGCGCUUUUGAAAUGGAAAACCGAAAUUGUGGAAUUCCAAAACUUGACGAUUUACUUUCUUUUGUCCGCGAUCAAAUUAAAAUCAUACAACGUCAUGGUUCAUUAAAUUCUAAGUCUAAACCUCAUUCAAAUUUACCGCUUGUUUCUAAAAACGUCGUAAAGUCAUUUUUAGUAAAUAGUAAUAGA